AAGGAUACCCGGGAGAGUGACGGCGUCUCACCCAAACCCCAGAGGAAGGCUCAGGAGGGUUUGAGAGGGGGGCCAGGAGGGAAUAAGGUGGUGCAACUGGCUGCCUCCUGUAGGUCUACGGCCAUGCCAAGCACUAUUUCUGUGGGAGAAGGCCCUGCAACUGUGUUGGGUUUAUUUUCCCUCCGCAGAACGGCCAGAGAGGGCGGAUGGACAGGGGAAACUCCCUCCCUAGUAUGCUGGAGCAAAAGAUUUACCCUUACGAGAUGUUGAUGGUGACGAAUCGGGGAAGAGUGAAACUGCCUCCAGGCGUGGACAGGACAAGGCUAGAGCGCCACCUGUCAGCUGAGGAUUUCCUGCGUGCGUUCGAGAUGUCGCCGGACGAAUUUGGCAAGCUGGCCCUGUGGAAGCGGAACGAGCUGAAGAAGAAAGCCUUCCUCUUCUGAUCCCGGCCCCCGCGCAGAGCCGACAUGCCCGGCGUGACGCUCCGUGCGUGUGUGCCGACCCGUCUUUCAUCACAGACGCUUUAGGGCUACUCUCGAGCUCGUCCGGAGGGACGUUGCUCCUUUCUCCCCACCACCACCCAACCGCCCUCACUGCAGAGGUGGCUGCCAUGCCUUGACUCUUGGGGGCAGAGGAAAAGUGGGUCAGGAAAAGAGUGGCGAGCACCCUGUGCUGGAUGUGGCAGCGGCUGUGGGGGGUGCCAAGUCCCUUCCCCACUCCCACCCCGGUGAAAAUCAGCCAUGUGUGGGGUGGGAAGAGGCCAGGGUGGAGAUUAGGUGUUUCUGUGCUGCCACCCUUA